AUGGCUGUUGCCGCGGUUUUCGCCCUGCCCGAGCUGCAUGAAGCCAUCCUCUGGCAAACGGACAUGGUUACACUGCUCGUGUCAGCACAGCGCGUGAGCAAAGCAUGGCGUGAUCUCAUCACCACAUCACCUACACUUCAGCAGAAACUCUGUUUCCAGCCAGUACCCGGCGAUACGCAUCGAAGUACCGCGAUGCCGCUCAUCGACCGGCAGGGCGCUGAUGACCUCGUCGACGGCGCCACCGAGGACCUGGGCAAGCUGACGGAGGCACUUCCGUCGCUCACACGAAACCCGCUGCUCGUCAAGUACUUCUCGCCGUGCUUCUUUGAAACGCACCAGAAGGCCUACUUUCGUGCAGCCAACUCCUUCAUGGCGCUGCAUUGGACACCGAACCCGCGCGAGGAGAAGCUGGAUGGCAACGGUUUCAUGAGAAGUAUUCCGGUUGAUCUUCCCGAAGACGCCUAUGUGCAGCCUUUCAGGGAGCGAUUCUUUCGACGCGGUGCGAGCUGGCGCCGCAUGCUGGUCACGCGGCCCCCUAUACGCCAGCUGGGCUACCUCUGGAGCCAGGAGAAGCUCAACGGUAGGUAUUUGAAUGGCAACUAUGUCGUCGUCGUCAAAGGCGCAGUCGUCGCUAUGCAGUCGUCUUCGCCGACAUCUGGGGCUGUACGUAUGGGGCCUCUGUAUGAUUUGGUUCAAGAGCGCUGUUGCCGUCAUGAACUGCACAAUCUUUGGUUCCGAGUGCAUUGGGAAGUCAUCCAGGGGCCAGCGUACUGCGAGUACAGCGCCGAUCUGGGGAGCCGUCUCAUGGUGCAUUCUAGAAUGGUCGUCGAAAUAUUGGAACAGCAAUAUCCUAGAAUCAACCCGCAGAAACCUAAAAGUCCGAAGGUAUUUGAUGACGUAUUCCGAUGCGAUGAGCAUGAGAGGUUUGAAAUAACGUUUGGCGAGAACGACCCGUCCAAGACGAUUGCAGUGAUGCGGUCAGGUAUGCGCGGUUUGUUUAGCAAGUUCAACGCAGUCCAUGACGGCAAAGAUUUAGUUUUCCGAGAAGAGUAA